AGCCCGAGCCCGAGCCGGCGCGGGGCGCAGCGGCCCAGCCUGGAGCGAGCGCAGCCUCGUGCCCGCCGCCCGUGCCCGCCGCCGCCGCCGCCGCCCGUGCCCGCCGCCCCCAGGGCAUGGCCUGUCUGAUGGCCGCUUUCUCGGUCGGCACCGCCAUGAAUGCCAGCAGUUACUCCGCAGCCAUGACCGAGCCCAAGUCCGUGUGCGUCUCGGUGGACGAGGUGGUCUCGGGUAACACAGAGGCCUCGGAGACCGACCUGCUGAAUGGGCAUCUGAAGAAGGUAGACAACAACCUCACGGAGGCCCAGCGCUUCUCAUCCCUGCCACGCAGGGCGGCUGUGAACAUUGAAUUCAAGGACCUCUCCUACUCGGUCCCUGAAGGACCGUGGUGGAGGAAGAAAGGAUACAAGACCCUCCUGAAGGGGAUCUCUGGCAAGUUCAACAGCGGGGAGCUGGUGGCCAUCAUGGGGCCCUCCGGGGCUGGGAAGUCCACACUCAUGAACAUUCUGGCCGGGUACAGGGAGACCGGCAUGAAGGGGGCCGUGCUCAUCAACGGCCAGCCGCGGGACCUGCGCUGCUUCCGGAAGGUGUCCUGUUACAUCAUGCAGGACGACAUGCUGCUGCCGCACCUCACGGUGCAGGAGGCCAUGAUGGUGUCUGCACAUCUGAAGCUCCAGGAGAAGGAUGAAGGCAGGAGGGAGAUGGUCAAGGAGAUCCUGACAGCUCUGGGCUUGCUGUCUUGUGCCAACACACGGACUGGAAGCCUCUCGGGUGGCCAGCGGAAGCGCCUGGCCAUCGCGCUGGAGCUGGUGAACAACCCCCCCGUCAUGUUCUUCGAUGAGCCCACCAGUGGCCUGGACAGUGCCUCCUGCUUCCAAGUGGUCUCCCUGAUGAAAGGGCUGGCCCAAGGAGGGAGGUCUAUCAUCUGCACCAUCCACCAGCCCAGCGCCAAACUCUUUGAACUCUUCGACCAGCUUUAUGUCCUCAGUCAAGGACAAUGUGUGUACCGGGGAAAAGUCUCUAAUCUUGUACCAUACUUGAGGGAUUUAGGUCUGAACUGCCCAACCUAUCACAACCCAGCUGAUUUUGUCAUGGAGGUCGCGUCUGGCGAGUACGGUGAUCAGAACGGCCGCCUGGUGAGAGCCGUCCGGGAGGGCAUGUGUGACUCUGACCACAGGAGAGAGCCUGGGGGGGAUGCCGAGGUGAACCCUUUUCUUUGGCACCGGCCCUCUGAAGAGGUAAAGCAGGCAAAACGAUUGAAGGGGUCUAGAAAGGACUCCGCCUCCAUGGAGGGCUGCCACAGCUUCUCGGCCAGCUGCCUCACGCAGUUCUGCAUCCUCUUCAGACGGACUUUCCUCAGUAUCAUGAGGGACUCGGUCCUGACACACCUGCGGAUCACAUCUCACAUUGGAAUCGGCCUCCUCAUCGGCCUGCUGUACCUGGGGAUUGGGAACGAGGCCAAGAAGGUCCUGAGUAACUCCGGCUUCCUCUUCUUCUCCAUGCUAUUCCUCAUGUUUGCAGCCCUCAUGCCCACCGUUCUCACGUUUCCCCUGGAGAUGGGAGUAUUUCUUCGGGAACACCUGAACUACUGGUACAGCCUGAAGGCCUACUACCUAGCCAAGACCAUGGCCGACGUGCCUUUCCAGAUCAUGUUCCCCGUGGCCUACUGUAGCAUCGUGUACUGGAUGACCUCGCAGCCGUCCGACGCCGUGAGGUUCGUGCUGUUCGCCGCGCUGGGCACCAUGACGUCGCUGGUGGCGCAGUCCCUGGGUCUGCUCAUCGGAGCCGCCUCCACGUCCCUGCAGGUGGCGACCUUUGUGGGACCCGUGACGGCCAUCCCUGUCCUCCUCUUCUCGGGGUUCUUUGUCAGCUUCGACACGAUCCCAGCUUACCUGCAGUGGAUGUCCUACAUCUCCUACGUCAGGUACGGAUUCGAGGGGGUCAUCCUGUCCAUCUACGGGCUGGACCGAGAGGACCUGCACUGCGGCAUCGAUGAGACGUGUCACUUCCAGAAGUCAGAGGCCAUCCUGAGGGAGCUGGACGUAGAAGACGCCAAGCUCUACCUAGACUUCAUCGUUCUGGGCAUUUUCUUCAUCUCCCUACGCCUCAUCGCCUAUUUCGUCCUGAGAUACAAAAUCCGGGCGGAGAGGUAAAACAGCCGAGCUCCAGGAGACACGGACAUAGGCAUCGCGGCCCAGGGCCCCUUGCGGAGCCGCGGGGACCGCUGCCGCCCCCCAGCCCCCGGCGGUGCGUUCCGCCUACGGGCGUUGUGCUGCCCGUGUCCGCGCCUCUCUCCAUCUCCCUUUCCAGCUUCAUCUGGGAAGAAGGUGUAGAAAGGUGUCGCGUCCUCAUGCAGAAUUUCACCCCACGGAGGCCGGGCACACAGAAACCCGCAGCAGAGCAGCAGCCGGGAGGCCGGGGAGGAAGGACGCGCCAGGGGCAGCCCGGUCUCGGGACGGUCGCGGUCGUCCUGCGGUUCUGCCGCCUCCUCCGGGGAGAAGUCAAUUUCCAAGCCAAAAGCCGAUAACUCUCAUUCAUUUUAAGAAACUGUAUCUUUUUAGUACUUGUUAAAGGAAAUUAUUCAGGGUAAAUAACACACUUUGCUUAGAGACACGAGGGGCUUAACUAAGGCACGGAGCUGGUUUCAUUUUCAGGCAAAACUUGGGAAAGAUGUGGGCGCGGUCCCCGGCAGGGAGGAGGCUCUGGGGCUGCGCGUGUUCCAAAAAGUCGAACAGAAAGCUGGAGGGUGACAUUGGCCAACCUUCCCAAAGUCUUUUUUCCCCCCUCACCCUGCCCCGUGCUGCUUAUUUUAAGCAAAAAUACAUUGUUUAUUUCUUCCUAACUUUCUGAACAUCUUAAUUUCGCCUAAAACGUGUCUAGAAGAUGAGCCUUGUUGAUUUCUUGCACACAUGUCCCUCUCCUCUCGUGUCACAUCGACUACCUCCACGAAAACUGGGAGAGCUAGGCAGGUGGCAAAGCCAGGGUGGCCGGGGAGGGCCUUGGGGCGCCACAGGAAGGAGCCACCAGUGGCGUGGGGCGGUGCCCAGACCUGGCAGCCUCCAAGGCCUUAUAAGCAACCGGCACAGUCUGCAUAGCCCAGGCUCCUGUGGCUUGUUCAGACGGUGCACAGGGUUGUGUGCGAGGCCACUUUCCGAGCCCAGUGUCUGUGACAUCCCCGCCUUCUCAGUGCUGAGCCCCUGCUGAUGUCACAGACCAGAAGCUCCUUCUUCCCAGGGAUGAAGUCAGAGAACAAAAUCCCUGUGAGGCAGGAGUGGCAGGCGCACCUGCGGGGUAACUUGCCUCUUGCUUGUGUCCUGAUGCCGUGUGCGUGCCAGCUGUCAGAGGCAAUGCGACCCAGCAGGAGGUCAGAGGAGACCAAGGAGGGAAAUGGAGUUGCCCGCACUUGGAAUCUCCCUGCCCGGGGACGGGGGUCUCCCAGGGACAGCCUGUUUUUGUGGGUGCGCUCAUGCCCUGUCUGAGCCUAUCUCCUCCGCUAUGAACAGUAGCACGGCUGUCACCCCUAAAGGGGUCUUUGACUCCCCAGUUCUGUUCCCAAAACUUCUGUUUCCCACUUUAAAGAGAAUGGAAGGAGUCUCAUUUUACUCACAUACAGAUUUGACAUGCAAAUGCUUAGCAACCCUUUUUAACCCUCCCGUCCUUUGUAGUAAACGCACUGAGCGUAUUAAACUGUAACUUUGAGUUUCACUCUUCCGUACAAAAGUGGCAUUGCCUUCCAGAUUAGGGCAUUUACCCAGGAUCGAACUUAGGCUUUAUAAAGAGUCCUCACUUAGUUUCGAGACAGAUUUGCCCGCGAGACGUCACAGGGCAGAAGACCUACCUAGGAGCAGGCUGGUGAAAUGGGGGAUGGGGAGGGCUGUGAUCACACCUGGCCUCACAGCAUGUGUGGUCAGGAGUAGAGACCUCUUUCCCCGCUGUGGCCCAGCAAGGACGGGGCCAGCCUGGAGCCCACCCCCACAGGCAGCUCACAUCGUGUGCCCUGAACCCACCCCGCCGUUUCUCAGCCAAUUGGGAAAGAGACAGUGAGAUCCCUCGAGAUUGAAAAUCUGGUUUCCAAGUCUACCUGCGCCCUCGGAAGGAAUCCCAAAAAACCCAGUCUCCCUGGGAGUUCAUGCUCCCACGUUUCAAUUUUACAUUGUUAAUAAAUUACCUUCAUCCCUUUAAUAGAUGUGGAACCGAGUGAGGGGCCGAUCUUGGGGGACGUGAGGUCUGUCGGCAGCUUCAGAGGAGACGCAGACUCAAAGUAAUACGGUGAUUUUUGGAGGGAGGGAGCAGCCAGGCCAGAGGCUCUGCUUAGGAAGCCCCGGGACGCUGCCCUGCCCUCUCUACGGGCAGCGCCCCCUGCUGGCAGUGAUGCAAAGGGUGUGGUUUGCACUUCCCAGCUCUCCCAGAAAACAUUUAUUCCAAUGACCAAAGAUAAUGUCCAAACAACUUACUGAUUUGUUUUUCUAAAUCAUUGUGGUUAAGAGGUAGGUGACAGUGUCUUUCAUACAUUGGGACUGAAGGCGAGCCAGCUUGCCGGAGUUCGUUUCCAAACGGAAUUUCUGAAUGUACUGCCCCAACCCUGCAUCUCGGAUCGUGAUUCUUCAUUUGGAAGGAAGAACCAAAUCUUGUCCAAAAGAUGUGUAGCCUCUCUGUGUUUGUAAGGAGAGGCGAAAGUAGAAGUCCAAAGAACGUUGCUUUUAAGUGACAUUUGUCAGGAGAGAAGGGGGAGAAGCUCGGAUACUGCCCACUGCCACUGCUCCUGCUCGGUGCUUCUGCUGCUGCACCUGCACCUGGUCCUCCUCCUGCACCUGCUCCUGUUCCUGCUCCUGUUCCUGCACCUGCCCAUGCUCCUGCUCCAGCUGCAGGCCUGCUCUGGCGCCAGCCCCCUUGGGAGCCUUCCACCUGCGCCCACAUUCAGAGCACUUUGUGCCUCCCUUGCUCCUGCCCUCGCUGACUGUCAGCCAGAGAGAUCAGUCCUUGAGAAGCCCUGCGUGGGUGCCGUGGGGGGAAACCCAUGUAAACAUUCACAGAAAAGAUGCUGGCGUCUGCCGCAGUCAUCGUGGGUGAAAUGGAACCUAAGUUUCCAGAGAGCAGCCCAUCCUAGAGACCCACAGAAAUGCUGGGUUCCCACACCGAGAAGGGCACUACCAGGAGCUCAAGGACAGGUGGAGUCCCCUUGGGUUUUGGGCGGAGAGAAGAAAAGGCUGAGCCCUGGUGUCCUGAGCAUCUUUCCCUACCUGGGGGUCCCAGGCCCUGCACUGGGGGCCGCGCAGGUCCUCUGUCCAUCCUCUAACUCAGCAAACACGGCCAUUGGCAGUCCUGAUGAGCUUGGGACUGUCCCAGGCACUGAGGGCUCAGGGGGAGGGGACCCAGAUGUGGCCUGGCCACAGUGGCCAGUGUAGCAGGUAGGGUAGGGGGAGUGCAUUCCUUCUGCAGCUGCAGAGCAUGGGGCUGGGGGAGGGCGGCCGAGGCCCCAGGUCCCACGCCAGGGAAGAGCGCAGUCGACAUUCGAGCCACGGUCUGACCCCAGGACCUUCUGUUUUGUUUUGCCAUAUCGCCUCCUGUUUGUAAUGCACAAAUACACACGAAGAUACUUGGUAAAGCGUGAGGGCUCAAUGCUAGUUUAGUGGCGACUCAUGGACUUGCUGUCACCACACGGAAAGCUGAGGUGGGAGGGUGGCCCACGCCCCCGCCCGCCCUCCUACCGGCCUCGAGGCUGCGCGGACUCCUGCCUCGUGGAGAGCAGCCAUCCCCUGCCCUUGCCUGGUCCUGGCUUCUCAACACAGCACACAUGAGGACUAGGUCGGCCUAGAGAGGGCUGGUGUGCGUGUGCGUGUGUGUGUGUGCGUGUGUGUGUGUACACACACGCACACACGUGCAGGCUUGAUCCAGGUUUGGGGUCCCAUAGUAUUAUUCUGUAGUCUUUGCUUUGUCUCUAAACGCUCCAUCAUCCUUUACUCCCAGAAGGAAAGACAAAAUCCCUCCCUGCCUGCCUGUGGCACACAUGGUGACAGGCGUAGUCAAACCCCACUGAGGCUUUCGUCCAACGCUGGGGAAAGUAGAAUGUGACAAAGGGCGAAACCAAACCCCCAAGACGGGAAGGUGCACAGUGUUGAGACUAUGAAGUUAGACACUUGAACAAAAUAAAGACCGCUAAUAAAUAUUUUAUAUAAAACUUUUUACUUGUGUUCAGUGUUAAAUGCUUCAAGGUCAAAAUGAUUUGCUUAACUCUUACUGGGCAAAAUGGGCCUUUAGUUUGCAUUUUGAAUAUAUUUGUUGUACGUCUAAUGAGAGUUCCGCGUUAUUACUUAGUGUCCUGUUCUGACACCCCCCAACUGUACAAUCACUUUCUUUCUGGGACACCUUCCUGUGCUAUGAGGGACUGUCUUCAAGGUUUAUGCUUUCCCCCUCCCCACCCACUCCCUCCUGCCUUGUUAAUGUUGGUCACAACCUUGGAAAUUGCCAAGACCGCCAUGUGCUGAGGCCGGAGCCUUCCCUCCCUGUCCCUUCCUGUUCCUCCUGCCUUAGAGGGGGCUCGGGGGACACGGGCACUGGCAGUGACUCCUCAGAGGGAUGGGACACCCCUCGCUCAUUGUUCUCAUGCUCCUGGAAACCCUCUUCUCUGGCCUGGUCUCUGCAGAGACGGCUGCGUUGGGGAAAAAGUGUCCUCCUGAGGUUGGGCUCCCAGAGUGGACAUGAGCAGGACCUCGAAGCAUCCUGGUGGUGUGAGCUGUCUCAGCGCUGUGGACCCAGGACUUCCAAGGACGUGGUGCUUGGGGCAUGGCCUUCCAACUUGUCUGCAAAACUGGAGGGCAUCCCACGUGCGGAACCCGCUCGUAAUGGCGCCGUGUGCCCCCCAGCUCCCUCUGCUUCUCCUUCUGCACCUGCCCCUGCAGACUGGCCAGCUGGCCUGUGGCCCAGCUGCCAUUCAUGCCAGGGUCCUUCUGGGUCACUGUCCUUGACACCUCAUGUCAGGGAGAUGCCUCUGGGAUGAUCGGCCUCUGCAGAGCCCAUACCCGGAGGCUCCUGGGGGCCAGCAGCAGCCAGAGCCGGGGACCAAACCCCAGUGCGCGUUAGCAAGCCCAGCUCAGCCUCUUGCUAACACCCAAGCCUCCGGGGCAGGAAGGCGGGUGAAGGUGGCCCUCAAACCCUCUGCUGGGGUAGCGGGUCUCCCACAACCACUGCACCUUCUUCCCGUUCCUUUUCCUCGUCUUUGUACAAACAGAAGGGUUUAGCCUUAGCCCAAUUUUGUAUGUUACCUCUGAACACGCCAACUUGGAAUCAUUCCUCCAACAGACGCUUCUGUGGCCUUGUCACGAGCGCACAGAGGCCCACUGAGGAAGACCACUCCGCGUUUUUAUAGAGCUGGUCUGUAUCCAUUGUGCUCAGAGCCCUAAUGCCUCCCAAAAUAGUCCCCAGGCAUCCAAAAUAGUCCCCGGGCAUCCAAAAGGAGAAAACGGUGGUGCAGCCUAGGUACGAUAGAACGAAGGAUUGCCCUGGGUGAGGGCACAGUGUAGGGGCUUUCUGGGGCAUUAAGACCAUUGUGAGACUGAAGAGGAGGGAGCAGGGGCCUAAAAGUGUCCGUGUUUGAUCACAAGCCCGGGGUGGGGGGGAGCUCGAUGGCUGUGUCUGGGCUCCCAUUUCUGAGGCUUCAGGGAAGGGGAGGCAGAGCCCGCCUGGGGACCCUUCCACAGCUGGAGGGCUGGGUUUAUCCGGAUCUGCCCCACCUUCCCGGGAGACACCCCAAGACCCCACGACCACCAGGCUCGCAGCCCAAGCCGAGGACACAGCCACAGGCACAUGAGCGUUUUUCCCUAGGCUCGUGGUUUCAGAGCUGGUCUUCCAGCCCCCAGGCAGGAAUCAAAUUUGGGGAACAGCAUGUGCCCCAAGCCACAUCAAUAAGAAGGAGCAAAACCCAAAAUUACUACAUUCAGCUCAGAUUUUCCCAGCAGAGCAGCUCCUCUCUCUCCCUCUGGGAGUAUCUGCGUAAAUGGAAGAGGGAAUCCCGCUGAUCGCCUUUGGGUGCCUUUGGCCUACACUUUCCAUGUGCGUGUCAACGUGGUCCUGGUUUUGCACAGUUAAAUGGUUUUCCCUUCCAUUGGCCGUAAGCCUCCUGCCGGGAGCUCUGCACUCGGGAGCCGCUCCCACAUGCUGCAGAGCGGGACGAGCGGGGUGAGAUGCUGAGGCCCAGCGGGUGGGCGUUGCGACCCUGGGCCUGGUGGUCGAGGCCCCCAGACCAGUUUCCCAGGAAGGAGGCUGUAGAAGGUCCUUGCUACCUAACCCCCACACAGGUGCACUGUUACCUCCCACCUUCCCAGCCCAGAAUGCUGGCCUGACAGCAGACCCUAGCCCAGCCAUGAGAUAGUAUGGCAGCUUCCAGAAAGAGUGCUUGCCCAUUCUGCAGCACAGGUUACCCAGACGACCUCCCCUCCUGGGGGGCCUUGAAGAUGCCCUCUCCUGCUGGGCAAAUCCGUUAGGCCUGAGGGAGAGGUGAGUCGUGGGGAACACGGGGUCAAGGUUGAGAGCCCUAUAGUCACAGGUUCCUGGAGAUCCCAGGCUGCAACCCGAGCUGGGUCUUAGUUUUCCCGGAAGUAUUUUGAUGGUCAUGGUAGCUCUUUUGUUCUAGUUUUACAUUUUUAAAAAAAGUUCUGUCAUUAUGUACCCCAAAGUUCUCUUUCCUGUGAUGCUUGGAAUACAGGCUGCCUGAGUUUAAUCAUAAAUAUCUCAUUGCUUAAGUCCCCGGCCAAUUAAAAAUGAUGGCCAGUGUCCUAUCAUCCAAAGUACUAACAAAACGGACCACCAGAGCAAGGCAGGGGGCUUCCCGUUUUUAGAGUCUCGAGAUCCCUGUAGAUGCGGGUGAAAUGUAAUUUGUUGAAGAAGUUACUCUCUGUAACCAACCCCUUCCCCCUCAUUUGUCUGUAUCUCCCUUUGUAGACAGAUGGGUCAGAGAGCCGCCUGGGGGGGACUGUUGCCUUUUAUUAGAUGAACCGCUACUUCGUGUCAUCCCUUGGUUAUUCCAAAGCAAGAGUCAAUGCAAGUAACAUUUUCAAUCAACGUGCAAACGCGGGCACGCACCCGUGUGUCUAAGCUGUGGCCGUACGAUCCCCGCUGUUUAGAACCCUGGAUGGAUGAAUUUACAGCGAUCUUGCCUUGUUCCUUAGCGAAUACUGUCGCUUGCGCUCGCCAGAGGUUUGCACUGUUGUAGAGAGACGCCACACGUAUACACAUAUAUAUUUAAAAAUAAUGUCUGCUCUCUCUCGGGCGGCUGUUCAUCGGCCGUCCCGCUCCGCCGGAACAGAGACCUGAGCAGAGCCUAGAAUGGGAGCUUUGUAAUUGCACCUUAUAGGCCGAGACCCUGUUGUACAUAUUUCUGUAGUUAUCUCCUUAGAAGAUUUGUAUGUGCAUUUUUUGCAGAACUUGAACUUUGUUUUCUGAAAUUAGACGCCACUUAUGAAAAUGUGACAACAAGCAAAUAAAACAGUUAUUUUCAGACUUCUA